AUUACUUCAGUAAUUUAAGCUGUAUGGACAAGAAGUGAAUAUAAUUAAAGAUAAACUGUCGCAUGAUUGUUUUAGGUGUAUUUAGAGAAUCUAUUUCAUGUUGUGACGCCAGUGCGCGCAUGCUCGGUAUUGUCUUUGUAUGGCGAGAACCAAGCAGCUAAGUAGCAUCGGCAGCUAAUCCCAACCAUUAAACGACACAGGGGUAGCUAGUAGGGUUAGCUCUGCGGCUAAUCAUGGUGAACGUCAAGAAGCGGAAAGGUCGAGUCGUGAUUGAUUCCGACUCUGAAGACAGCGCCAGUGAUGAUAACUUGGAUGAGGAGCUGAUGUCUUUGGCCAAAAGAAAGAGGGUUGAUUCAGGUGAGCAGGACGAGCCUGUAAACAAGCCUACAGCUUCUACAGACUCUGAGACAUCUGACAGCGAUGAUGAGUGGACUGUGGGCGGCACAAAAGGCAAAAAGAAGGUCAAACAAGGGAAAGGUGCGGAGAAAAAGAAUGCUACAAAAAAGAAAGCUAAUAAAGCAUCUGGAAGCUCAGAUGGAGGCAGCUCAGCAGACAGCUCUGCACCAGAGGAGGGUGAAGUGUCCGACUCCGAAAGCAACAGCUCCUCCACCAGCUCUGACUCGGACUCCUCCGAGGACGAGGUGUUCAGGGACGGUUACGGCGAAGACCUGAUGGGCGACGCCGAGGACCGAGCCCGCCUGGAGCAGAUGACGGAGAAGGAGAGAGAGCAAGAGCUGUUCAACAGAAUUGAGAAGAGAGAGGUGCUGAAGAGACGGUUUGAAAUUAAGAAAAAGUUGAAAACGGCAAAGAAGAAAGAGAAAGAGGAGAAGAAGAAGAAGCAGGAGGAAGAGCAGGAGAAGAGGAAGCAGUCUCAGGUUCAAGACUCUCAAGUGGUUUCAAUGUCGCACAACAAGGAACGGCGAUCCAUACGCGCUGAGAAACUGGACAAAAAGUCCCAGGCGAUGGAGGAGCUCAAGGCUGAACGGGAGAAGAAGAAAAACAAAACAGCGGAACUGCUGGCUAAACGCGAGCCGCUGAAGACCAGCGAUGUUUACUCUGACGAUGAAGAAGAGGAGGAAGAAGACGAUGACAAGUCAUCUGUUAAAAGCGAUCGGAGUUCCCGUUCGUCCUCGUACGACGAUGACGAGAAGGAGGAGACUCCGCCCAAGUCUCAGCCCGUGUCACUACCAGAGGAACUGAACCGCAUCCGCCUGUCCCGACACAAGCUGGAGCACUGGUGCCACAUGCCCUUCUUCCCUAAGACUGUCACCGGCUGCUUUGUGAGGAUAGGAAUCGGCAACAGCAGCAGCAAACCAGUUUAUCGGGUGGCUGAAAUCGUGGAUGUAGUAGAGACGGCUAAAGUUUACCAGCUUGGAUCAACGCGGACAAACAAAGGCUUACAGCUAAGGCACGGCGCCGACACGCGGGUCUUCAGACUCGAGUUCGUUUCAAAUCAGGAGUUUACAGAAAACGAAUUCAUGAAGUGGAAAGACGCAAUGAUGAUGGCUGGAAUGCAGGUACCGACUCUUGAUGAGAUCACCAAGAAGGAGCAGUCCAUCAAAGAGGCUCUAAACUACAAGUUUAAUGACAAAGACAUCGAGGAUAUCGUAAAAGAGAAGGACAGAUUCCGAAAAGCACCGCCAAAUUAUGCCAUGAAGAAAACCCAGCUGCUCAAAGACAAGGCUAUGGCAGAAGAAAAUGGUGAUGGGGAAAAAGUAAAGGUGAUCCAGGAUGAGCUGAAUGAGCUGGAGGAAAGAGCAGAAGCUCUGGACAGACAGAGGACCAAGAACAUUUCUGCUAUCAGCUACAUCAAUCAGAGGAACAGAAGCUGGAACAUUGUUGAAUCAGAGAAAGCUCUUGUGGCUGAAGGACAGAACUCUAAAAAUCAACAGAUGGACCCAUUCACAAGAAGACAGUGCAAACCAACCAUGGUGUCUAAUGCCAGAGAUCCAUCGGUCCAUGCAGCUAUUCUUGCUCACCUGAACCAGAAGUAUGGAUCUGGUUCUGCAGCUGCAGAACUUUCAAACACAGAGAAGAACAAAGAGGAUCUAACAAACCCUAAAGAGAAAGACGUCCCCAAGCCAACCACUGACCUCUCUGAAGACCUGUUCAAAGUUCAUGAUUUUGAUGUUAAGAUUGACCUUCAGGUCCCCAAUGCAGAAGCAAAGUCCCUGUCCGUGAGCUCCAACGCGCUGCCGGUGAAGGACAGCGCUCCCCGGCGCUCCCUAAACCUGGAGGACUACAAGAAAAGGAGGGGCCUGAUCUGAUGUGGGCAGCCCCUCGUUCAGAAACCAUUCUGCAUGUGUAACUGGUUGUGCUGGAGAGAGUACAUGUGUGUUUGGUUGGGCGAAAGUGACACUGUGCACAUGAAUGACUCCUGGAGGAUGUGUUUGAAAUUCAACACUCUUCACCCAAGCAGAGGAAGUUCUGAUUGAUCAACGACAAACCUUUUCUCAAAGGAUCACUCUUGGAAUAAACAUGUUGGGGAAAUCUGUUUUGUUGUUUAUUACAGACAAGCUUGUGUAUAGUGAGUUUGUCUUUUUUUAAUUUAACUUCUCUGCCUCUCACCUAGACUCUACACUUGUUCUGUUUGUUUCCAGAAAUACAGCCUUUGGACAAAUAUACAAUCUUAGGAUGGAAAAAGUAUGUUCAAACAUUACAAACCUAAACUGGCAAUGAAGUGGAUGGGUUUGUUUUCACAAACAAUAAAUCCCUGCUGUAAACCUCUUGCCCUUAUAAGUGAGUUUCCCCAUCUGCACAUGCAGCUUUUGGAGAAGGUAAAUUAUCACGGUCUCUGAUUUAACCAGAACACAACUUCCAUGAAAAGUUAGAAAUGUUGGUACAAGUCAGCUGGACACUUGUGUACUGAUAAGGUCUUUGAAAAAGCUUCAUUUAUAAUGAAAUUUUUAUAUUGUUUUCUGGGUUGGCCCUGGUGUCAUGCCUUUGGAUGUUCGUGGGAUGAAUUCCCAGCAGUGAACUUCCAGAGCAGAUUCUACAUGUUAUUGAUUGUGUCUAUAGUCAGUUCCUGUAUUGAUGUGGCAUGCCAUGUAAAUAAUAUGCAUUUUCAAGUGAGUGCAGGAAAAAUAAAGAGGCACUGUUUCAUAA